AUGGCGUCUUCCAACAAUGUUACCCCCACCAACUGUAGCUGGUGGCCCAUCUCAGCCAUGGACGAAGACGGCAAAAUCACAGACGGGGAGGAGUGCGAAGAACCGACGGCAGAGUCCAGACCCUUCAAUAAAGACAGUCUCGUUUUGUACCACUGGACGCAGUCUUUCACCUCCCAGAAGGUACGUCUGGUCAUUAAUGAGAAGGGUCUGGUCUGCGAGGAGAGGGACGUGAGCAUGCCACUGCAGGAGCACAAGGAGCCCUGGUUCAUGAGGCUGAACCUGGGGGAGGAGGUGCCCGUUUUACUCCACGGCGACACCAUCAUCAGUGACUACAAUCAGAUUAUAGAUUACCUGGAGAAAAGCUUUGUGGGAGAAAUGGUGGCCCAGCUGGUUCCUGAUGCAGAUUCGCCUCUCCACGAACGCGUGCAGCAGUACCGCCAGCUGCUGGACGGCCUGCCUAUGGACGCUUACACUCACGGCUGCAUCCUCCAUCCGGAGCUCACCACCGACUCGAUGAUCCCCAAGUACGCCACCGCAGAAAUACGGCGACAUCUGACCAACGCUGCGACAGAGCUGAUGAAGUUGGACCACGAAGAGCUGCAGCUCACAGAACCGUACCUGUCCAAGCAGAAGAAGCUUAUGGCAACAAUCUUGGACCACGAUAACGUGAACUUCCUGAAGAAAAUUCUGGGGGAGUUAGCCAUGGUUCUAGAUCAAGUGGAGGCCGAACUGGAGAAAAGAAAAAUAGAGUAUCAAGGUCAACAGUGUGAGUUGUGGCUAUGUGCGCCUGAAUUUACACUAGCUGACGUCUGCCUUGGAGCCUUAUUGCACAGGCUCAAGUUCUUGGGACUUUCUAAGAAAUACUGGGAGGACGGCAGCCGAGCCAACCUGCAGUCCUUUUUUGUGCGUGUGCAAAAACGCUACGCUUUCCGCAAGGUCCUGGGCGACAUCCACACAACCCUUCUGUCUGCAGUCCUACCCAACGCCUUCCGGAUGGUAAAAAAGAAGCCGCCGUCCUUCUUCGGGGCCUCUUUUCUCAUGGGCUCGCUGGGAGGGAUGGGCUACUUUGCCUACUGGUAUUUAAAAAAGAAAUACAUGUAGUGAAUGCCCUCUUGUUGUGUUAAAUGUCUGUGUAUUUGUGUGACGUUUCAACUUUUCUGUAAUGUUUUAUGACUGCAGGAAAACAUAAUGAAUAUAAUUAUAUAUAUAUAUAUAGAGAGAGAGAGAGAGAGAGAGAGAGAGAGCACUAUUACUUGCCUGGGUGAACAAACAAUAUUAAAACAUUCCAUAGUAAGAAAUUGUUGACAGCACAUUUUCUGGUAAUCAAGGCCUUCAUCCAGUUUAAUUUCUGGCAACUUGCGGCCGACAAGUCCUCGUUUAACUUUAUUUGGAGGCAUGCAUCGGGUCUUCUCAUACUGACGACUUAGAGAAGAAACCCAAACAAAAUGUUGAACACAGUAACACCAACAGGGGUUAAAUGACCUUCGCAUGCCACUAUUAUUGUCAUUACUCAAACCUGCUCGUCACCUCUUGAUCAGAUUGCGGUUCACCCACUAAAAACCGCAGGAAGAUUUUACACGACAGACUUUCUGUUAAGUGCUGCUGCCAGAAACUGCCAGAAGAAAUAAUGAAAGGAUGGAGGCAAACUUUAAGCGAAUAGUUUGACAUUUGGGGACAUUUCUUUUUUUAACUUUCUCGCGGAGACGUGGAUCCACUCUCAAAUCUAUGCGGUAAAUAUGAAGCUGUGCAGCCAGGAGAUGGUUAGCUUAGCUUAGCAUGAAGUCAGGACACGGCUAACUUUCCGAAAAAAUAUAAACUCAGCAAUCUUUGAAAACCGCAGAAGGUUGUGGACUUGUUUUAAAUGCAUCACGUGUGUGAACAUUCAUUGUGAAGCUAGAGCUAGCAGCUAGUUAGCUUAGCUUAGCAUUAGUACUGGAAACAAUGCUCAAAGACUCUUUCAAUCCUCUUGAUGAAAACACUUUUUCGACCUGUAUUUUUUCAUCCCAAGUAACCAGAAAUGACAUUCAGUUCGUAAAAACAUAUUAUAUAUUACUUUAAAAUAUAAAAUUUGAAAAGAAACUUGUGUUUUUUUUAUUCAUUGUGCAGGCAACGUUUUUUUAUCCAGAUGGGCAGAAGAGUCUUUUGGGAACAGUUUCAUUAAAGGCCCUUCUGGGGUUAUCACAGAUUACCUGGCGUCAGAAAGUAUUUAAACCCCGUCACCUGUUCACAUUAUGUUGAAGCCUUAUACUUUCUGAAUGCACUGUAUAUUUUCGAGAAAAGCAGAUGCUUAGUGCUGUGAUUUUAAUUGAAUGAUACAUGACAAUUGGGCUACAAAUGUAAGCCCAACUAUCAAACUGCUGCAUCAAAUUCAACAGUGGAUCUUCUCACGU